UUUACCACUCAUGGAGACCUACCCCAUUCUUUUUUGUUGGUGUUCUUUAAAGCUACCUUUGUGUACCUUUGGCUGGCCUUCAGCUACCUCAGUCUCUUGAGUGCUGGGAUUUUGGCAUGAACCAUCACCACAGCUGAGAUUUGCUUUUGUUUUACAGGAGUACUCAAUUAGAAGCAGGUAGAGUCAGUGGAAUGAUGCCUUAUACUUGUAGGUUUGGGGGUUUAAUGCUACCUUCUGUGUGCAAAGACUUUAUCUGUACUAUGAAAGCAUACUAUCCCAAGCAAGGGAGCCCAAGUAAAAGACAGUGGAGUGGCCUCCCUUCCACACACUGUUUGUUGUGCACCAAACUUGGUUGCUGUUAACUUUGACAAAAUAAUCACAUCUAAGCUUUUUGAUAGACUUGAAAAAUAAAUCCAUGCUAUUCUGAGUACUGAAAUUCCUGUUGUGAGACAGCCAACCUCGCUGCUUUUAAUAAAACGGAGAGCAGUGAAGCUUCAUGUCGUUUUACCAGUUAAUAGCAAAAUAAGGAUCUUAAAUGCAAGCCGACUUUACCACUUGGAUGGAAAUGUGCUAGCCUUUAAUAUAGCCUGGCUAAUGCCAGUUAUCAGUUGUAGUUCCUCUUCUUUUGACAUUCUCUCCACAGCUCCACUCACACACCCGAAUCAGCAGGCAGAUACACAUUUUCAAAACAGCAGUCUCGUGGGACUUUUAAUAUUAACUUCUUCCAUAUGCUCUGGAUUUGAAAAGUGAUGUUUUCACUAAACUGGGUGUAGGCUGCCAGGUGUGAGAGGUUCCCAGCAGCAAGGUGCUGUGGGAGGGACUUGGAGACCUAGGAAGUUUCUGUGGCUGCAGCAGAGGGAAGCCUCCAGAAGUGCGGAGUCAUCAGUGUUGGCAAGCAGAAGGGCGGUUCCAUUCCUUCAGGUUUUCAGUGUUUUCCCCUAAAUUUCCAGACACUGAGGGGUUCUAAAUGCAGUGUGAACUGAGUGCAGUUCUUUGGACACUAGUAGUCCAUAAAUGAUAAGUGGUGUGGCUGCAGUAUAGCUCAGCCUGCCGAGUAACUAGAUGCAGGACCUUGAGUUUCAGCACUCGCCUAGGAAUGGCACAUUUUGGGAAAGGAUUGAAAACCCAUUUAAGAGAUAAAUGAUGAGUUACAUGCAUACAAAGUAUUCUCAUAUUCAAAAUACGUUGUAGGAGGCAGCACCAUAUGACAUAUAAAUGUAAAUGUGAUUUAAACUGUGUUGAUUAAAAAAUUACAGCAAAUAGGGGCUGGAGAGAUGGCUCAGAGGUGAAGAGCACUGGCUGCUCUUCCAGAGGUCCUGAGUUCAAUUUCCAGUACCCACACGGUGGCUCACAGACAUCUAUGAUGAGACCUCAUAUCCUCUUCCGGCAUGCAUGCCAGAACACUGUAUGCAUAAUAAAUGAAUGAAUGAAUGGGAAAAUAAAUAAAAUUUUAAAAAAUUACAGAAAAUAGCAACAAAUGUUUUUUGAAAGAAUUUUUAAAAAUACACUGAUAGUAACAGAGAAUACUAAAAAAAGGUGGGAUUUCCCCCCUUGUUUUCAAAAAUCUUUGUCCCUAAGUACAUAGUUAAAGGGAGGGGAAAUGUGUUUUUAAAGUAGUUGUCACCUUGCUGCCUCUUGUAAGUAAGUAGCAUACCCAGGUUUUACGUUGAUCCAGGGUGGGAUUACUGUGAACCUGAGCAUGUUGAAAUGGUUGCCUCCCCUAACCCUCCUGCUUUAGGAAAACAGUGACCCUUGGAAUGCCAUCUGUUUCACUGGUGGUAAAGAACACAGACAGUGAGCUUUUACAAAUAAUGAUUAGUAAAUGCGACCAAAAACUAGUUAAAAUCACUCUCCAGUCGUUUAUGUUAAAAUGCUGCUUUUCAAUUUUAUGAUAGCCUUUUUACCAUGUGAAAUUUCAUGUAGGGACUCCUUCACCUUUCAGACUGCUAGACCCCUGGAAUUUGGAAAAUGACCCAAACUAUUUGAAGACUUUAAAUGUAAACACCUCGUGUUUAGUUGUGCUGUUGUACAGCUAGGUAACUUGAAACUGGAAUUGGAAUACCUACAGUAAGUGCAGGGCUUUUCCAUCUGUAUAAUUACUUUAAGAUGGGAUACCUAGGGGCUAUAAUUAUUUCUGCUGCCCUUUUACCUCUAAUGGAGUAAAUACAUCUGUAGUUAAGGCAUUCCGUGCCGAAAUACUGGUUUGCUAAAUCCACAGGAAAUAAAACGGUAGAGCCAGAGGAAAGGGAAUAGUUAAUCGUGGAGGAGGAGGGACACAGCCCCGCACUUUGCCUAGAGGCCGCUGGGAAAGUGACGUCCUGUAGCAUUUGCUGUUCUAGAAAGUGCAGAGACACGUAGUGAGAACGGGAGGGUCUAGAAGGAGGCGGUCUCUCGUGUGGGGUAUAUUUAUCUGUAAGCGAGCUGCUGGGGACCGGAUUCAAUAGAGACGCUGCCUGCUGCCUCCAGACAGCUGAGCCGAAUCGCUGAUUGCUUUAACUUUUAAGAUACCCAGCUUGCCUUGUUUUCUCAGAAUCGUUGUAUUGCUAAGACUGGAGACGCUGUUUUCUUUUACAAAGGGAAAGCUAAGUUCAUUGCAAGGCAUUCGAAAUGGGGAAAGACUAUUACUGCAUUUUGGGAAUUGAGAAAGGAGCUACCGAUGAAGAUAUUAAAAAGGCUUACCGAAAACAAGCCCUCAGGUUCCAUCCGGACAAGAACAAAUCCCCGCAAGCAGAGGAGAAGUUUAAAGAGGUCGCGGAAGCCUAUGAAGUAUUGAGUGACCCUAAAAAGAGAGAGAUAUAUGAUCAGUUUGGGGAAGAAGGGUUGAAAGGAGGAGCAGGAGGGACUGAUGGACAAGGAGGUACCUUCAGGUACACCUUUCACGGAGAUCCUCAUGCCACGUUUGCAGCCUUUUUUGGAGGUUCCAACCCCUUUGAAAUUUUCUUUGGAAGACGGAUGGGUGGAGGUCGAGAUUCUGAAGAAAUGGAAGUAGAUGGUGAUCCCUUUAGUGCCUUUGGAUUCAGCAUGAACGGAUAUCCAAGGGACAGGAAUUCUGUGGGACCCUCCCGUCUCAAGCAAGACCCUCCCGUUAUUCAUGAACUUAGGGUGUCACUUGAAGAAAUAUUUAGUGGCUGCACCAAACGGAUGAAGAUUUCUCGAAAAAGAUUAAACCCUGAUGGAAGGAGUUAUAGAUCUGAGGACAAAAUUCUCACCAUCGAGAUUAAAAAAGGCUGGAAAGAAGGCACCAAAAUCACUUUCCCAAGGGAAGGCGACGAAACGCCAAACAGUAUCCCAGCAGACAUUGUUUUCAUUAUUAAAGACAAAGAGCAUCCCAAAUUUAAAAGAGACGGAUCAAAUAUAGUGUAUACCGCUAGGAUCAGUUUGCGGGAGGCAUUGUGUGGCUGCUCAGUUAAUGUGCCAACGAUGGAUGGGAGAAACAUACCUAUGUCAAUCAGUGACAUUGUGAAACCUGGGAUGAGGAGGAGAAUUAUUGGAUAUGGGCUGCCGUUUCCAAAGAACCCUGAGCAACGCGGUGACCUGCUUAUAGAGUUUGACGUGUCCUUCCCUGAUUCCAUAUCGUUAUCGUCCAAAGAGAUCCUUAGGAAGCAUCUCCCUGCCUCAUAGAAUGACAAGAACCUUGCUGCCCAUAUUUUGAUAAGACCCUGAAAAUAUAAGAGGGACGGCAGUGGACAGAUGUGAAUCCUGUAUAAAGAUGUGUAAACGCUUCUGAGGGUUCAUUAAAUUGCAUGGGUAGAGAUGGGUCAAAUAGGAAAAGUGGAUUUUUACAGUAGAGAUGAAGAAAGAAAAACCACACGCUCUAUUGUAUUUUAUUUCUCCCAAAUCAGAAACUUUUAGUAUUUCAUUUCUUAGUGACAGUUGGUUUUGUGGUCAGUAGAUGUACUUCUAGUGAAGUGCUAGGUUAUCCAAGUACUUUAUUGUGUGUGUCUAUAACUGAUCAAUGUGAUAGACUCUCUCAGUAGAAAUUAAAAUUCUUACCUGUACAUGUAAUACACGGAGGAGAAUAAAAGUCAGAAUCGCAUGGAAAUGUGAUCUAGGGCACCUUCAGAAAUGCUCUUUGGGGCUGGUACCACACUGAUGAAAUGCUUCGCCAUUGUGACUUAAAUACGCUGUCACGUUUCUCAAAAGCAUGGUUGUGAUACUCUUAAAGCAACCUUCUUCGUAAAAAGAUGAUGAGUGACAGCUUAUCUCCUGUGAAAAUCCCAAUAGCCCAAGUUACUAACAUUUUAGCAACAGGCCAUUUUAAAUGGCCACCUGUACUUUAUGCAAGUUUGACUAUAUAACUUGAACUGAAUACAAUAAGCUCAUCUUGUUCAUUAUUUUAAGAUAAUUUGUUUUUAGAGAAAAUGCUGUUACUUGGCAUUCAUUUCCCAUUUACAGUCCUCACAAUAUGCUGUAUGUACCUUACAUAAUUUCCAUAAGAACACUGAGCUACCACUAUGAUGUUAAACCAAAUAUGGACAGAAUAGACUACUGCUGCUCAUGGGUCAUGUUGCUACUAAUUGUAAUGCAUAUAGAUAUUUUACUUUUUCAUGUAUAUAGAUUGUGUUUCUUAGGUGUUUUAAUUUUUUAAAUAUAUUUGCAUUUAAAAUUA